AUGAUUGCUGAGGAGCGCUGGAUCAUCCACGAGGAUGGCUUCUCUGGAGAAGACGUGAAGCAGUACAAGCCAGUGGUCUACAGCAACACCAUCCAGUCGCUGGCAGCCAUCGUCCGUGCCAUGGACACCCUGGGCAUCGAGUACGGCGACAAGGAACGGCGGGCUGAUGCCAAGAUGGUCUGCGAUGUCGUAAGUCGGAUGGAGGACACAGAGCCCUUCUCUCCAGAGCUGCUGUCAGCUAUGAUGAGACUCUGGGCAGACUCCGGGAUCCAAGAAUGCUUCAACCGGUCCCGGGAAUAUCAACUUAACGACUCGGCCCAAUACUACCUAGACAGCUUAGAUCGAAUCGGAGCUGCAGACUACCAGCCCACGGAGCAGGAUAUCCUCCGGACCAGGGUCAAAACAACUGGCAUCGUAGAAACCCACUUCACAUUCAAAAACCUCCACUUCAGGCUCUUUGAUGUUGGGGGCCAGAGGUCAGAACGCAAGAAGUGGAUUCACUGCUUCGAGGACGUCACGGCGAUCAUUUUCUGCGUGGCGCUGAGUGGCUACGACCAGGUGCUCCAUGAAGACGAAACCACGAACCGCAUGCACGAAUCUCUCAUGCUCUUCGACUCCAUCUGUAACAACAAAUUCUUCAUCGAUACCUCCAUCAUUCUCUUCCUCAACAAGAAAGACCUAUUUGCCGAGAAGAUCAAGAAAUCACCUCUGACCAUCUGCUUCCCUGAAUACACAGGUCCCAACACCUACGAGGACGCGGCCGCCUACAUCCAAGCACAAUUCGAGAGCAAAAACCGCUCCCCCAACAAGGAGAUUUACUGCCACAUGACGUGCGCCACGGACACGAACAACAUCCAGGUGGUGUUCGACGCCGUCACCGACAUCAUCAUCGCCAACAACCUGCGGGGCUGCGGCUUGUACUGACCCCCCUCCCGCCCCCGACAC